CGGUUCACAUUUCACCACCGUCGAGGGCAGCGAUGGCCACCUCCUCUCCCUCUUGUUCCCCCGCACAGCUUCACAGAUGCUCGACGCCUGCAUUGCUUCGCAUCAUUGCAACCUUUUUUUCCCCCCACUAAGAGCGGUGCCCUGCCGCGUUCCCCCCAUCCUCAGUGCUCUCUCUUGCAGGCUGGCUGGUUUAGUUUCACUAUAUCUCAUUCAUGCGGUGAGAAGGUAGACCUCUGGGUGUCUGCGGCUCCGACACGUUACUCUGAAUAGUUUUGUCGCGUGCGUGUGCUUGGAUCCCACUCUUUAGUGACCUCGCUCAGUGGUUUACUCCGUGAUCGUGUCUGUAUACUUCGGUCGUCUGUGUGGAGUGGUCUGUUCGACAGAUUCGGCGUUUCUUUGACGUUUUGUUGUCGGUGCGUUUUUGUGAGAAUAAGGGUCAGUGGUGUGUCAAGAGGCAGCUUGUGGUCAGAACAGCAGGAAGCGUGGGUUAGAUUGGUGGAAUUUAGCUUAGAGGCGAGGAACGGGGACAAGGCUUCGUGAGCCGCGCUUGAGGGAUCAUGUGUGACACAGUGUUAACCGCUUGAGGAGAAUUUGGUGAUAUGAAUGGUGUACGAGCAGUUGUUUUAGAUUUCAGUAUCGUGGAGGUAGUGUGCGUGUGUUCUUUGUUGUAGUUGUUUUCCCGUAGAGGUGAUCGACGGCCAAGGGGCAGAGAGCUGUAACGGGGAACCACAGAAGGCACAAGUGGUAUCAGUGGUUUCGUUUUGCGCUAAUUGGCAGGUGACUCUUGGGUUCUGGUUUUCUGUAUUAUUGGUGAAUGUUGUGGAAUCGCUACCGUUCCUAGGUGAACACACUUCAAAGAUUUGACGUUCUGUUGUACUGUGGGGCUUAUGUUCAGAAGCUGUAUGCCAUUUCAUUUGUUUCAAGCAAUUCCAUAGAUCGCAUUCGCUUUCACCGGAGAGCGGGCAGUUUUCAUUUAUCCUGUGCACUUUACUGUACUUCACGCAGCCCAUGUUUGAUAUCUCGGUGCAGCAGCUUUCACCUGUUCUGACUUAGGACCAUCCGCGAAAGUUGGACUGUGAUUGGCGACAGUAUCGUUCACAUUUGGAUUCUCUUCGGUAAGGAAGUAAGUGCGUCAAUUUUGAAGAUGCUGCCAAGUGAAGGAUUCCAUGCUGGUUCGCGAGAAAACGUUUUUUAAAUAGUGAGCUUCAAGUAACGGUCGGGAGCUACUCCACAAACGACUUGGAAUUUGACAUUCCUUAAGCCCCUGAGCGUGGUUUUAAUGAUUCAGGUUCAGGUGCAAAUUUCACACGUAUAAUUUGGGGUCUUAAUAACUAACUCAAUGCAAGGCAGUCUAUCAGAGCUCUGGCCUCGGAAACUACUUAAGAAAUGGCUCAGCUUUCAAGAGACCGGAGAUGACUUUGAUCGAGACAGUGACUCGAGUGGCGGGGAGUGCAGCGAGUCGGAAGACUUUGAAGAUAGUGAUACCUUCAAAUGCAAAAAACAGCUUAUGCGAGUGCAGUCUGAUAUUCUCCGCGAGCAAUUUGUUCAAAACGAUGAAUACAAGGUUGCAGUUGGAACUUGGAAUGUUGGAGGGUUACUUCCUCCAGAUGAUAUUGACUUAACUGAAUUCUUAGAUACGUCUGAUCCUGCAGACAUCUAUGUACUUGGGUUUCAGGAGAUUGUACCACUUAAUAUCAACAAUGUGUUGUGCGUUGAAAACGAUGCACCGACUGUCGUAUGGGAUGGUUUAAUUCGUCGGGCUUUGAACAACACAAUGAAGUGUUGUAAGAAGUGUCUGAGAAGUCACAGCGUGCCACCAUCUUCAAUGUGGCAUGAAAAGGAAGUCGCUAAUCAAGAUCUUGAAGACUCUGAUAGUCUUGGGCUCAGGAAUGUAGUUGCCACUGAAGAAACUCUGGAAACAUCAUUGCUUCUUCAGAAAUUUCCAAACUCAAGCGAUUUCUAUCCGUCAAAAGACAAAACAGAAGCGAGGAAAUCGGAUCAUACUUUGAAGUCUUUUACCAAGAAUGUGAAAUUACCGGAGGAUUGGUUAUGUGAAGUUACCACACCUGAUAAUGGUGCUACUGAGCAAACUUCACUGGAGAAAUAUUCUCAAGUUCUCAGAAAACAUUCCUGUGAUCAAUAUUUUAGAGUAGCAAGCAAGCAGAUGGUGGGAGUUUUCAUAUCUGUGUGGGUGCGUUCAGAUCUUCGGCGAUAUGUCCACAACGUCAAAGUUAGCGUUGUUGGCUGUGGAAUUUUGAAUUUCCUCAGGAACAAGGGUGCAGUUUCUGUUAGCAUGUCUCUCCACCAAACCAGCUUCUGUUUUGUGUGUACACAUUUGACAUCUGGUCUCAAAGAGGGUGACGAGUUUCGUCGAAAUGCUGAUGUUGCUGAUGUUCUUCGUCGAACAGCAUUUCCUAGAUUGGUCAAACUUUCGGGGAUACAGCUGCCAGAAACAAUCAUGGCACACGAUCGUAUCAUAUGGCUGGGUGACCUGAAUUAUCGAAUUGAUUUACCGGAUAAGGAGACAUGGAUCCUAGUCAACCAGUGUGACUGGAAGAGUCUUCUUCCCAGAGAUCAGCUGAGAAUGGAGAGAGAUGCUGGUCGGGUUUUUAAGGGCUGGCACGAGGAUGCUAUCAGUUUUCCACCAACAUACAAGUUUGUGGAGGAAUCUGAUCAAUACUUUGGUGAAUAUACGUUUAAAGGAGAUAGGCGACGCACUCCUGCAUGGUGUGAUCGAAUACUUUCCCAUGGAAAGGGAUUGAGACAGUUGAGUUACUCCAUGGUGCAAGCAAGGCUUUCAGACCAUCGACCUGUUGUUGCAAAGUUUAUUGCUGAGGUGGAAGCAGUGAACAGCCGUAAUUUCAAAAAAGCUUUCAAGCUACCAAUUAGUAAAGUGAAUGUUGAGGAGUAUUUGCCGAAGGCUUUUUCUGUCUGCAAGUUUUGCAGCUUGCACAACCAUGAGGUAUUAUGAUAGAUAGUGGAGUUCAUAUGAUUACCGAUGUCACCCUCAGAAUAUCUCAGCCUUGUGGGCCAGAAGUUCGUCGAUGGCUGAAUCCAUAACGACCAAUUUGUCGGUGAGCCUUACAUCAACCACUUCAGUCGUUGCCAAUUGGCAUCGAUUGACCCUCAAUGUGACAUUCAAAGUUUCACAGCCAUGAUGUGAAAUCAUCCGGAUAUACAACAUUUAACCUAACGAUUUGUCUUAGGUGAUUAGGGUCCAUAAAUAAACCCACUAAAUCACUAAAUGCAUGUGUGAGGCCAAUACUUCAUAAAUAAGAAUCUGAAAUUUAGGUUCUAAAUCCUGACUCGAGUGCAGCUCAUUGAACGCUCAGUAAAAAGCUGUUGAAGGGCGUGCCGGAUUCCCACAGACGGCCUACGGUGGAACAUCAAGCUACUGAAGUAAAUUCAGAGUUGUAGGAGAAUGUGGCUGGAUCAUCAAGCAAGCAUCUAAUGGAUGUAAAUCGUUAUUUAAGGGUACUAUGUUGGGAUUUAAGGCUUUCCUCUAACUUCUCGUAACAACAUUUUACGAGAUUUAGUGAUGCAGUACAUUGUAAUCAUAAUAAUUCCUGUGUGGAUUACUAAUCAUAGUAGCUCAUGUCGGUUCUCUAGUAGUAGUAUCUAUCUAGACUCAUGUUGCUAGUAUAUCUUUACACUAUCUGGUUCGGUACAGUAUAGUUAUGAUGUAGGUUACUUACCUGAGUGUCAAAAGGAGAGAUGUCCGGUAGUACAUGUUUUACCUGAGCUUACUCUAGCUAGCUAAGCAGGGUAAGCAAAACUUAUUGUUUCUAUCAGAAGAGCUCGCCGAAACGAAAUUUUCAGCUCUGUUCAAGCCCUUUGGGAUUAUUUGAGAGCUAGAUCACGUCAUUUUAAAGUAUCGUACCUCCAAUCAAGAGGAUUUAUUAAUUGAAUAGUUUAUGGAAUUACAAGACCAUCAGUGUCUUCGUUGAUAAUACUAUCUUUCCUUGCAUUGCAAUUA